GAACGACUCCUGAUGAGCCUUUUACCCAGGAAUGUUGCCAUGGAAAUGAAGGAAGAUUUUCUUAAGCCACCUGAAAGAAUUUUCCAUAAGAUUUACAUUCAGAGGCAUGACAAUGUUAGUAUAUUGUUUGCAGACAUUGUGGGGUUUACCAGUUUGGCAUCUCAGUGCACUGCUCAAGAACUAGUGAAGCUUCUGAAUGAACUCUUUGGAAAGUUUGAUGAAUUAGCCACAGAAAACCAUUGCAGAAGGAUAAAGAUCCUAGGUGACUGUUACUACUGUGUAUCAGGAUUGACCCAGCCCAAAACAGAUCAUGCUCAUUGCUGUGUUGAAAUGGGAUUGGAUAUGAUUGACACCAUCACAUCAGUAGCUGAAGCCACCGAAGUAGAUCUCAAUAUGAGAGUUGGUUUGCACACUGGAAGGGUUCUUUGUGGAGUUCUGGGUCUCCGGAAAUGGCAGUAUGAUGUUUGGUCAAAUGACGUGACUCUUGCUAAUGUAAUGGAGGCUGGAGGGUUGCCUGGGAAAGUGCACAUAACAAAGACCACAUUAGAGUGCCUAAAUGGUGACUAUGAGGUGGAGCCAGGGUAUGGCUAUGAAAGGAACAGUUUCUUAAAGAAGCAUAAUAUUGAAACCUUUUUCAUUGUGCCAUCUCAUCGGAGAAAG